GAGGAAAUGCUUGAGCGAGCUUGAAGGAAACAAAAGAAGACAUGGCUGAACUGUCACUGUAUCUCACAAACGUCAACGUGUCUCUAGGGCAAACUAUGGACACAGAGAAGAGCUCUAAUGUUGUGAAAGAGUUUGAAAGUGUGGAACUUGGAGAUCUGGGGAAAAAGCAGCCAAAGAUUCCUCGCAGAACAAUCUACUUUGCGAGUGGUGAAACCAUGGAGGAGUUCAGUACAGAUGAUGAGGAGGAAGAAUCAGAGAAAAAGAGCACUCUAAGUACACCUGAUCCGGCAAAGUUGACCUGGGGUCCAUACGUCUGGUUCCAAAUGUGGAAAGUGGCUACCUCUACCAUCUCAGUUUGUGACUAUCUUGGGGAGAAAAUGGCCUCACUGCUUGGAAUCACAACUCCAAAAUAUCAGUAUGCAAUUGAUGAGUACCACAGGAUGAAGAAGGAGGAGGAAGAGGAAGAAGAGGAGAACCAGCUCUCUGAGGCGGCGGAGCGGCGUUUUGACGAGCAGCAUAAUCAGCAAGACCAGCAGCCAAAGAUUGAGCAGCCAGAGGCAACUGCUUCCUUCGUGAAUAUGUCCUUUGAACUUGAACAGGAAUCCCAUACAACACCUGAUGCUAAUAAAGUGCCUGCCCCCAUUCCCUCCUAAAA